GUGGUGGAAAAACAUCGACAACGUUUGGAAUAGCUAUGCAACGUUGGUCAAUAUAUAUUGAUUUUUCUCCUAGCGCAGGAACGUAUGGCGACCAUGUAGGGCCAGAGCUUGCAGCAAUCAAAUUUAAACAACCAAAGUUUGAACAGCAUGAUCAGCAGAGUCAUGUAUUUCGUAUGCUGAACUGGGUAAUACUCUCGCGCGGACUUUUACUUAUAAAGAUGCUCAUCGAGAAAAAUAUUUUGACGCCAAAAGAAUGGCUGUUUGCACAGCUUCAAAUAGAUGACUCUAAUAUCCGAAGGAAAUUGGCUCUUGAAAAUUAUGAUAUUCUUAAUGUUACUACACUUAUAAAAAGUAUCAAUUCUUGUCUCAAUGUAAAGUCUCUAACCUUAAUAUUUGAUGAGGCGCAAGUCCUAUGUAGAUCCGAAUAUGGAGAAUACAUAGGGAGCUCAGUUAAAGACAAAAAAUGGAAUCUCUUGCAGGCUUACAUUGAACAUCUUACCCAUCUUCGCGUUACCUGUCUUCUUGCCGGUACUUACAUGCAUAUGUCAAGCGGAAUUUCUCUUGUUACUAGUGUUGGAAAAAAACGAGGUCUGAAGGAUCAUAUUGUGCUAAAGCUUCCCUUUCUUUCACAUAAUGAUGUCCUGCGGAAUCUCAAUGCUGUAAUUGAUCUGACAGAUGUUUCACCCAAAAUUCUUAACUUAUUGGGAUGUCUUCUCAGGGGACGACCUCGAAACUGCGCAUCAUUUGUUGGGCUGUUGAUAUCAGAGCGGAUUUCAGUUAAUAGAACGAAAGAUCAAAAAAACCAAGAAAUUAUUAAACUUCUUAUGAA